AUUCUACUGGGACUUGUUUAUGCUGGUUCUGCUGAUAGCCAACUUAAUCAUUCUUCCUGUGGCAAUCUCUUUCUUCAACGAUGACCUCAGCACACACUGGAUUGUCUUUAACUGCAUUUCAGACACGGUUUUCUUCCUUGACAUUGUCAUCAACUUUAGAACAGGUAUCAUCGUCAACGACUUCGCCGACGAGAUCAUUCUUGACCCCAAGCUCAUUGCCAGGCAGUACAUCAAAACUUGGUUUUUCCUCGAUCUCCUGAGCUCCGUCCCCAUGGAUUACAUCUUCCUUAUGUGGGACGCCGAGGCCGAUUUCAACCAGCUAUUCCAUGCAG